UUCCUGCACUUAGGGAACAAGAGUACGCGGCCCGAGCCCGACGGGCGGCAUUGCGAGAAAUAUGAGGAUCCGCUCGGGAUGCGCGGCUGCGCUAGUUGUGCUACUGCAGGCCGUUCUUGUGGCGAGCAAAGCGUUGGAUCAGAAUCAGUUGCAGCAGCAGUCUCAGCAACAGUCUCAGAAACAAAUACCGUACGGAACAGCGGCCCAGAAGCGGUGGGGCGAUGACUUGGGAGGCGGCCAUGGCGGCGGUGACCUUAGCGGUUACGGCGGUGACUUUGGCGGCGGACACAGCGGCGGCGACUUCGGCGGUGGACACGGCGGCGGAGGCGACUUCGGCGGUGGACACGGCGGCGGCGGCGACUUCGGCGGUGGACACGGCGGCGGUGGCGACUUGGGUGGCCACGGCGGCGGUGGCGACUUGGGUGGUCACGGCGGCGGCGAUCUAGGUGGCCACGGCGGUGGUUUCGGUGGCGAUAUCGGCGGUGGUUACGGCCAUUCCGGCGGUGGCGACAUCGGCGGAGGUGGUUUCGGCCAUUCCGGCGGCGGCGACAUCGGCGGCGGUUAUGGUCACUCCGGUGGCGGCGACAUUGGCGGCGGUUUAGGCCAUUCCGGGGGCGGAGACAUCGGCGCUUUGGCCCAUUCCGGUGGUGGCGGCGACCUUGGCGGCGGUUACGGCCCUUCCGGCGGCAGCGGCGGCGGCGGCGGCGGGGGCCUCGACGAUCACCACGACGAUCACCAUCACGACCACCACGAUAAAGGCUACUGGAAGAAGAAGCUGAUCUGGAAGCCCGGCUGGAAGAAGAUCUGGAAGCCGGCGAAGAAACAGAUCUGGAAGCCCGCGUGGAAGAAGAUCUGGAAGCCGAUCUGGGUACCGACGCAGAAGGCGGUGUGGAAGGAGAUCCAGGUGCCGGCCUGGAAGAAGAUCUGGAAGCCGGUGUGGAAGGAGAUACAGGUGCCCGUGUGGAAGGACAUCCAGGUGCCGGCUUGGAAGAAAAUCUGGAAGCCAGUCUGGAAGCCGAUCCAGGUGCCGGCGUGGAAGGAUAUCCAGGUGCCCGCCUGGAAGAAGAUCUGGAAGCCGGUCUGGAAAGAGAUCCAGGUGCCCGCGUGGAAGGAGAUCCAAGUGCCGGCCUGGAAGAAGAUCUGGAUACCCGAAUGGGUCAAGGUCGGCAUACCCGGGGAGCAUUACCACGGCACCGACCAUCACGGCUGGCAGUACACCAGCCACGACCUCUGGAAGAAGAAGCUGAUCUGGAAACCGUUGUGGAAGAAGUACUGGAAGCCGGCAAAGAAGCAGAUCUGGGUGCCGGACAAGAAGCUGGAGUGGGUGUCGGCCUGGAAGCAGAUCUGGAAGCCGGCUAAGAAGCAGAUCUGGGUGGACGACAAGAAACUGGUCUGGAAGGAGGAGUGGAAGCAGAUCUGGAAGCCGUCGAAGAAGCAGAUCUGGGUUCCGGACAAGAAGCUCGAGUGGAAGGAAGCUUGGAAGCAGAUCUGGAAGACGGACAAGAAGCUGGAGUGGAUCCAGGACAAGAAGCUGGCUUGGAAGGAGGCCUGGAAGCAGAUCUGGGUGCCGGCCUGGAAAGAGAUCUGGGUGCCCGCGUGGAAGAAGAUCUGGAAGCCCGUUUGGAUCUCCGAGUGGUUCCCGUCCGAGGAUCAUCAUCAUCCUCACGGGGGAUGGGAGGACCGCAAGGACGGUCAGGUUAAGGGCACGCAGCUCGUUCCUUACAGUCCGGAGGCGGUCUCGAAGCAGAACGCCGUGACUCAGCAGCGUCAAGUCGACGAGAACAAGGUCAGGUGGGACAGAUCGUCGAAGCCAACCGUGAAGGACAUCAGCCAGGACCUGGUCCCGCCGCCCCUAGCCGCGAAUCAAAAUGGCGCGCCCGCGAACUUCGCGUUCCCCAAUCACUGAACGCACCAUCGCCCCCCCCCCUCCAUAGAAUGCUUGUACAAAAGAUCUGUCCGAGAUAGUAUUGUAUAAUAAGCCGCUGUAUAUAUUACCGUAGGUCUACCGAUAAGUUCUAGAGAAUUAAGCGUUUCCCCAAUCGAUUAAUCGACUGACACGAUCCUAUCACUACUCCCUUCGACGAGAUUGUCUCGCAUCUAACGUAUCCAUUAUGUAUAGUUUUUUUAUACGAUGUUGUUGUUACCCUACUUUGUUAACCGAUGCCGUUGAGAAUAAAGUUGGUGAAUAUUUUGUUAAA